AUCAUAAGUAAUUUUAAUAAAUACGUAUACAUUUUUUUUUACAGAAAAGGAUAAAAAGAAAAAAGGAAAAAGCGCCUGUUGCUGAUUAAAGAUUAAAACCUUCGAUAAGAAGCGAAAGCAAAAUCAGAGUUUGGCAAACACACACACACGCACUCUGUCCACUCUCCACUUCACCGAUUCUCUGUCGACACACAGUCGCCGGAAAACAAUUUUCCGGCGGAAUCGAAUUGAUUGUAUACAAAUCCAUCAAACAAACAGCUCACACACACAAUUCACUCAAUUCCUAUCUCACGACCAGUUCAGUUUCAUCCUUGCAUGAGUAGUUUUCACCUUAUCUUACACACACAGAGCUCGCAUUCGUCAAUUCUCGUGCAUAGAUACGUGGACAAGUGAUUGAUUUCGUGGAUGUGAAUCACAGCAGAAAUGUCAGUUUUAGAUACCGCGUUUGUGGACACGGAGCUCUCUAACAGGACAUCGAUCUUCGGGCUGCACCUAUGGGUGGUGAUCGGAAUAGUAAUCGGAGCAGUGAUUGUGCUCAUUCUCUUCCUCGUGUCGCUCUGCAUUAUCACCGCCUUCCGCCGCCGCGGCAGCGGCGGCAGUAAGGGCAAACUGCGCCGCUCGGUGAGCGAGAUGAGUCCGGCGGCCGUAUCCAAGGAGAUACAGGUGAUCACCCGCGAAACCGCCUCCGCCGAGCAGCGCUCCGCCGCACCACAGGCUGUGCCAGAGAUACAGAUAGAUAUGGGGAAGGUGGAACACAGAGUUGUGUUUUCUGAUAGAGCUGGAUCAAGUGGCGAGAGCAGAGCUACCAGUGGGGCUGAGACAGGAUCAUACGGAGGCAAUGGGUCGUUGCCGGAGGUGUCCCAUUUGGGAUGGGGAAGGUGGUAUACAUUGAGAGAGCUUGAGGCAGCCUGUAAUGGUUUGUCUGAUGAUAAUGUGAUUGGUGAAGGUGGAUACGGCAUUGUGUAUUAUGGCGAGUUAGCUGAUAACACCCGUAUAGCUGUAAAGAAUCUGUUGAACAACAGGGGACAAGCUGAAAAAGAGUUUAAGGUCGAGGUGGAAGCAAUUGGACGUGUUAGACACAAGAAUCUUGUUAGGUUGCUCGGUUACUGUGUCGAAGGAGCCUACAGGAUGCUUGUCUAUGAAUAUGUUGAUAAUGGAAAUUUGGAGCAAUGGCUUCAUGGAGAUGUGGGGGAAGUCAGCCCUUUGACGUGGGAGAUUCGUGUGAAUAUAAUCAUUGGAACUGCAAAAGGCUUGGCUUAUCUCCAUGAAGGUUUGGAGCCGAAGGUUGUUCACCGUGACAUCAAGUCAAGCAACAUACUGCUCGAUCAUAAGUGGCAUCCUAAAUUGUCAGACUUUGGGCUAGCUAAACUUUUGAAUUCAGAGAUUUCUUACGUGACAACACGAGUGAUGGGAACAUUUGGUUAUGUUGCUCCUGAAUAUGCUUGCACUGGUAUGCUGAACGAGAAGAGUGAUGUUUAUAGCUUUGGAAUAUUGAUCAUGGAGGUCAUCACUGGUAGAUCUCCGGUUGAUUAUUCCCGGCCACAGGGAGAGGUUAAUCUCGUUGAAUGGCUGAAGAUGAUGGUUGGAAACAGGAAAUCCGAGGAAGUAGCAGAUCCCAAGUUGCCUGAACGGCCUGCCUCCAAAGCGCUGAAGCGCCUGCUCUUGGUAGCCCUUCGAUGCGUUGAUCCUGAUGCCCAGAAACGGCCCAAGAUGGGACAUGUCAUACACAUGCUGGAAUCAGAAGACUUCCAAUCUCGGGAGGAGCGGCGAAUUGGCCGGAACUCUUCCAAUUCGAUUGGGGAACAUAGUCAUCGAGGUAUGGUCAUUAAACAAAGCAAUGAAGACAUCUCUGAUACUAGUGAAGGAGAAGGCAAUAGAAGUCAGAGAUAUAGAGAGAUAGCUGUAUAAUCAAUAUGGAUGCAACCGUUUCUCAAUAUUUUCAUCUGCAUAGUUAUUCAUUCCAUCUAAGUUCAGGUAUAUUCAUCACCAUUUUUCCCCCACUAUAGUUGCAUAAAUUAUUCAAUGAUAUCAUAUAGCCUCUGUAAAUUAAACAAUCCAUUCCUUACUGUCAUAGUAAAAUAUAGGAAAUUGCUGCAAUCUUUCUUCAUAGUUGUUUAUUUUGGGCCUGACACUCUCUAUCUAGAGCUCUAACACACGCCCUCCAGAUGACUCGAACCUCCACGAUAGCGAUCGAGGAUAAUGUAUUAGCGAAGCGAUCGAACCUAGUGUAGAAUAACCGAAUGUAUCCUUUUCGAGAUGUGGACUGUUGAAUAUAACUAGUUUGUCUGUUUGUUUUGUUAGAUAUUCACAAUUAUUUUUCAUUGGUGCAGCAUUUAGUGUAGUGUAGAAAAUAUUGAUGCAAUUCGAAAUGAUAACUUUCAAGUAUCA